AUGUUGCCGAUGCAAACGAUUGAUCCAAUGUCGUCGGUUCCAUCGUCGUUGCGUGGCAUUCAAGAACAAGAUGAUCUUCGUUUUGAAAGAGUAAGACUCUCGACUUUUCGAAACUGGCCUAUAUAUCUUGCCAUUCCCCCUACAAUACUUGCAGCAGCAGGAUUCUUUUAUACGGGCAUAUCGAAUAAAGUCAAAUGUUUUGUGUGUCAAGUGGAGAUAAAUUACUCUUCGCAGCAUCUUAUUCCCAUGCGAGUUCACAAGGCAUAUUCUCCGGAGUGCAGAUUCGUCCGCAAGGAAGAUUGUGGUAAUGUGUCAAUUAAAGAAAGUAACCUUUUAAGACCAAGAAGCGUUAGCAAAGAAGCAAAUUUGGAAUAUCUUUCUUACGAAUCCAGAUUAGACACAUUCGCAACAUGGCCUAAUACAUGUAUAAAAAGUGAAGAAUUAGCCGAUGCAGGAUUCUACUCCAACGGAAAAAAUGAUACGGCGGUCUGUCACCAUUGUGGAAUUGCUAUAGACAAUUGGAGUCCUGGAGAAGAUCCGUGGAAGCGACAUGCAAUUUCGUCUCCUGGAUGUUGUUAUAUAAUCAAAGCACGAGGUUUGGAAUAUAUUAAGAAUGCAACAGGCCAAGACUUCUACGAAACUCCUACAGAAGCACAAAUAGAAACUACAGUUGGCAAUCAUGAGAGAUCCCAUGAUGAAAAUGAAACUGACGAUAAUACUCGUAUAAUAAAUUUGUGUUAUAUAUUAUAUUUAAAUAUGCUGUUUACUAUUUUAGCUGCUCUAGAGCAAGAAAAUCAGGAAUUGGAGGAUGCUCGAUCGUGUAAAGUUUGCACGGUUCGGGAAGCAACAGUUGUAUUCCUACCUUGUGGACAUCUGGCAACUUGCCAGUAUUGCUCCCCUACAUUUACGAAAUGCAUAAUUUGCCGAGAAGAACUUAAAGCUGCAGUUCGUAUAGUUUUUUCUUAAUGCAUGCACAUGUAUAUAUAUAUGUCGGGUUGGAGUUAGGGGCGUUUAAUGACUCUUCACCAGUGUUGUUCAUGGUUGUCGCAGAGAUAUUUAUUACACAAGUAUGGCUGAUACAGGAUUGACGAGCGGACGCGGUAACUGGACGCUAAUGACAAUGGCCCUAGGUUCGAUAUAGCGAAUCCACGGUCCACAGGAUAACGAAUAUACUUUGCUUCAAAGUCUAAGUCGGACUCGACUUACUACUCGUGAUACAAGGAUCGCUUGAUUGACUCUUAGCUAAUGAGAUUGCCAGAAAGGAAUGACUUUCCGUCGCGACGACGCUGCAGAGGAAAACUAUGAUGGGGUGUGCCCAAGGGCACAAGAUCAUCGGACUCGUCAAAGAAAGCCUCCACUCGGAGGGUGAGGGAAAUAGACGCUGCCGUUAAUUGGUCAAUUUCUAUGUUGGCGGCUAGAAAAGGAUGCCAGCCGCCCUAGAGAGAGAGUUCCUAGCCGGCAACGUCGUACGUGACCAAAUCAGGUUUUCCCAUAACCUCCCGCAAUAGGUGACAGACUUACAGGCUGAUAUAUAAUAAAGACCAUUUGUCAAUCUGAA